CCCAAAUAUUCGUUUCUCGUUGCCCACCCCUAUAAGAAUAGAAAGAGGUGUGAUUUGGGGAUGGCGAUAUGGAGGAUUUUGAUGUCCGAUGGCGCCUCUGAGUUCAGGCGGGCUGGGUCGUUUGGUUAAGUUCAAUCUUUUAUUAAUAAUUUUGGUGAUAUGGAUUGUUGACUGGAGCAAACUAACAGAAUUUUGGAUGGAGAAUGACAGAAUGAUUGUUUUGGUAUAUGCUCAAACUUGUGUUAUUGAAUUGUUACAAAUAGAAGAUUUGUGACUGUUUUGUACUAAGUGCAAAGAUUUGUAACCAAUUAUGCUAAUUACGGAUACUAAUUACAAGAUAAUGAAAACUAUGAGAUGGUUGAAACUUAUUACUAAAUGCACAAGCGCAUAAUUAGGGAUGACAAUGGGUGGGGUUGGGCUGGAUUUUGCCAAACCCAAUCCCAAUACUCAUGGGUAUACUCAAACCCAACCCAAUCCGUUGGGUAUUCAUGGUAAAAAAUUCUUAGCAACAAUUUCCUGUCAAAAUAAAAGUCUAACUCCCAUCUGCCCAUACAAAUUAUCCAUACAAAAAACAUCAAUCUAGUACAUACAAGCAAACCACAAAUUAUCCAUACAAAUUGUUAACAUUAAAGAUAAAUAUCCGCAAACAACACGAUUAAUAGAACGCUUCUUCCUCCGUGAGAACUUGAAAACUGGCAUCUUAGUUUCACUCUCUACUCCAUAAUCAACUUCAUUCUACACAAUUAGUAGUGGUUGGGUAUGAGUACGGGUACGUGAUGAAACAGAUUGGAUACGGAUAAACCUCAACCCAAAUUAAUUCGUAAAAGAAUAGAACGGGUUUAACCCAAACUCGAUCCGCAAUCCGUCAUAAUAGAUUUUAUCCGCUUUGACCAAGGUUGUCAACCCGAGGGUCGACCCGCGGGUUGACCCACUUUAACCCUGACCCGGUGAGAAAAACGGGCCGCACGCACCCACCGGGUCAACCGCUACAAGGUAUCGGGUUGGAGGUCAAAUUGUGUCAUUUUUUCUUUGAUUUGCGAAAUGUGCCUAUUUUCUGAAUUUUCUUUUCGCCUAACUCUAUCUUUGGAAUCCUAAGUUGAAUAUUUGAAUAUAUAUGUUAUAUAAGUGUGUGUAAAUUUUCAAUAUAUGUUGGAUCUACAUGUUAUUUUGAUGGAAUAUUAUAUGUUAUAACUCAUAUGUUAGAUGAGAUUUGCUAUAAUUUAUCAGGAUAAAUACAAUAUAAUGACUAUUUCCAUAUUUUCCGGGCUAAAUCGGGUGACCCAUUAACCCUUGACCCACUAGCUUCACCGGGUCUGGGUCAACCCGCGGGUUGACAACUUUGGCUUUGACUAGGUUGAAUCGGGUAGGGUACCCGUGAAUAGGAUUAUGUUGCUAUCCUACGCACAAUUGGACUCAUUGAGUUCUCUCUUUCACUGCAGAGUGCCUAGUGUCGACGAUGAAACGGAGCAGAAGCGAAAGAGAAAGAGGCACCUAACCCAACGCCCAUCAAGCUCCUCUGCUCCAAAUUAAACCAAGCGGUGUGCAAUGGCGAUCACUGCCCAUACGCACAAUCUAUUAUCAGCGUCUUCAAAGCAUACAACUGCCACUCUACCGUUUGCUCUUCUCCGACGAACCAACCAUUCUGGUUCUUCCCUUUCCAUUCCCAGUCACGAACACUUAUCGGACCUCAUUCUAAACCAGAAAUCGCCAUCCCAAGCUCUCCAAACAUUCCAAUGGGCCUCGAAGCUUCCCGGUUUCGUUCACUCCCUGGCCACUUAUCGCGCCCUGAUCCACAAGCUCUGCACUUUCCGCCGUUUCGACGAUGUCUACCAACUGCUCGACGAAAUGCCUGCUUCCAUAGGCACUCCCCCGGACGAUUCCAUCUUCAUUACAGUCGCCCGAGGCCUUGGGCGGGCUGCCCAGAUCCACCGUGUCAUCGAAGUUCCCGACUUGGCCUCCAAGCUUCACGCCAAGCCCCCAUCUUUGAAGCUCUGCAAUUCCGUGCUUGAUGUCCUCGUGAAGCACGACAUCGAUUUGGCUCGAAAGUUCUACAGGAACAAGAUGAUGAAGCGUGGAGUCGAGGGUGAUGACUACACUUUCGGGAUUCUAAUGAAAGGUCUUUGCUUGACGAAUAGAAUUGGCGAUGGCUUCAAGCUUCUGCAGCUCAUCAAGUCUGCUGGUGCGAAGCCCAACUCGGUCGUUUACAAUACUCUGCUUCACGCCCUUUGCAAGAAUGGUAACGUUGGGAGGGCCAGGAGUCUGAUGAGUGAGAUGGAGAAACCCAAUGAUGUGACAUUCAACCUUCUCAUAUCUGCCUACUGCAAAGAGGAUAACUUAGUUCAGGCACUUGUGUUGCUGGAGAGGAGUUUCAGCUUGGGGUUUAUACCUGACAUUGUUGCAGUCACCAAGGCAGUGGAACUUCUCUGCAAUCGUGGUCGUCUUGCUGAGGCUGCCGACAUAUUGGAAAGAUUCGAGACCAAAGGAGGCACAGUUGAUCUGGUAGCGUGUAACACUUUGGUUAAGGGCCUCUGCAAAUCUGGAAAAGUGAAAGCAGCUUGUGGGUUCUUAAAGGGGAUGGAACUUAAGGGUUGCCUUCCCAAUGUUGAGACCUACAACUUGUUGAUCACUGGUUUUCUUGAUUGUAAAAUGCUGGACUCCGCCCUCGACAUGUUUAACGAGAUGAAGGUGGCCGGGAUCGAUUGGAAUCUUGACACAUUUGAUGAACUUAUAAAAGGUUUGUUCUCUGAAGGGAGGCUCAAAGCUGGUUUCAAGAUCUUUGACCUGAUGGAAGAUAGCAAAGGAGGUUGUGGGGGUCGAAUUAGUCCUUACAACAGCGUGUUGUAUGGGUUUUACAGGAAAGAUAUGUGGGAUGAAGCUCUUGAGUUCCUGGUGAAGAUGGAGAGCCUGUUUCCGAGAGCUGUUGAAAAGAGCUUGAGGGUAUUGCGGUAUUGCGAAAAGGGUGCAGUCGAGGAUGCAAAGAUGGUUUAUGACCAAAUGGUCAAUGAAUGUGGGUUGCCUAGUGCUCUCGUGUAUGACUGCUUAAUCCAUGGAUUUUGCCAGGAGCGCAAUGUGCAGAAGGCAUUUGACAUCAUGAAUGCUAUGAUUGAACAUGAUUAUUACCCUGUUGCGUCAACUUUUAACACUGUGAUUUGCGAGCUCUGUAGGCAGGGAAAGGAAGCUAGCGCCAUGAGGCUUCUCAGGGACAUGGCUGACCGAGGCUUUGCACCUGAUGCUGGCAGUUAUAGUCAGGUAAUCUAUGUGCUUUGUGAGAAGGGGAGUUUUCAGAAAGCUGGGAGUUUGGUUUCACAAAUGGUGGAGAGGAAGAUUGAUCCUGACUGGCAAUCUAUGCUUGUUUGGCUAAGUCGGGAUGAGGUUUGGCAGAGCAACCAUUCUACUUUGGCUGUAAAUAAUCUCACGUAGUAGAGAAAUAAUAAGAUCUAGAGGUGAGU